AUGGCCUCUUAUGGCCCCAACCAUACCAUCUGCACUUGCAACCCAUUAGGAUGUUCUCUUCGGCAGUUCGAAAAGAAUGGUGAAAUCCUGACGGGCCGGCUAUUCCAUAAAACAAACUACCCACGGCAUUUACAAGCAUCAAUUGCUCAAGCUACCGUCAACGUACCUGAAGAUACCUUAUCAACCACCGCACCAACUACAACGGCGCAAAGUUCAAACAAUAUAUCCACCAAUAUCCAUAGUGUGGCCCCUGUCGGAAGUCUUAAACGCCCCCGAUCGCCAGAGCCUCCAUCAACCUCAUCUAGUUUUCACACGGAAAGCCAACCACGCCUUUGCCAGAAUGCACGCCUCACCGACAGUACAUCCAACCAAGAAACCAUCACUGCGCGCGUGCUUCAUAAGCGACCACGCUCACCUGACACUGGGCCAACAGCAUCUACCUCGCGUUUGCCCACUGAUCCGCCCCUUCCCAAGAAUUCACGGCUUACCAACGCAGCGUCAUACCAGCUAAGAUUGUCUACUGAAGAGUUCUAUACGCCUCGCGUGCUUCUUCAGCAUCCUUCCUGUGUGCAGUCGAUGAUUAGUGUUUUGAAUGAUCAUCUUUUGAGGAAUGCUUCAGUGAAGGCGUGUCAUACAUCACUCCAGCUGGAGCAGCUUAAAGUCAAGAGUUCAUUCCUUUCCCAAGAUUCCUCAUCCAAACCUAUCUGGGACAAAAUACCGAACUCACUUCCCAAGCUUAUAAAAUGUUUCCACCUGGAAGCUCGCAUCUUACGAACACUAUCAUGCCCAGUGUGCUUUGCUCUCCAUGGACCUCCUGUAGGCACGCCAACAGGCAAGGGUUUGAAGAAGCAACAGGAUGCUUCGGUCACCAAUGGAAGAUACAGGGUCGUUGAAUCCAAUUUGGCACUUGGUAACCUUGGUGACAUCGAUUUAGGCGUCUCAUCUGCAUCAGGAAGCCUCCUUGAUUCAUCAAUCAACUUUUCCCAUUCAUCAACACAAACACAAUAUGAUCGAGCUGCGAAAUUGAAGACUGACACGGAAACAACCCAAGAACCGAGUGAUAACCACUCUGAUAAGACUGUGGAUUCAAAUGGCACGAUUCAAGUUCCCAAGGGACCCAGUCUCACCAUUACUGAGCUCGAGCAGACAAUGAUGAAGAAAUAUCAACAGCGAGCAUCUUUCCAGCAAUUCCUUCGAAAUGUACCUCCGGACUACGCAGAACAAAUUGGUGCUGAUAUAAUUCUUCAAAAUUCAUCACCUAAAAAAAAGAACUCAUCGCCGUCUUCAGAUGUAUGUGAAUCAAUCAAACCAAUACUAGAAAAGAUUGGUUUGACCACAUGCGUGAAUUUUGAAAAGACCACGUCCUGGCGACACAGCGGCAAGGUUUUCAGCACAUACAGCAAACAUCCUGGCAACAGCUACGUAGAGUUUCAUCAUCACGGAAAAAAAGGAGUUGGGGUAAUACAUCACAUUAUAUACCCUGAAAGUCAUUCCACUCCCAUAUUUGUGCUUCAUGUUUUCCCACCGCUUGACCCCAUUGAUGAGAACCGGAACCCAUAUCGAUUGGUACCUCACUUGCAUGCCACUGUCAUGUAUAACGAAGAUCUUUCACUCCAAUCAAUACUUCCCGAGCAUCUGUUUGGCCAUUGUGCGGCACUUCAUAAUCAACCUGGAACGUUUAGCAUCUCGAAGGCCACACUAUCUUUGAACUGUUUGUUUGUGUUGAAACAAAUCGAUUCCAAUACUCUCAACAUUUUUUAUGAUUUUCGAGUUGAUCCAACUUUUAAUACUCAAUCAUUAAUGUAUGACAAACUUACUCAAUAUGCAAAUGAGAGAUGA